UUGGCCUUGCCAGUCCAUCUAUACUCUUCAUGCUGCUGCUGACUCUCAAAUGCAAGAAGAGAUUUGAUCAGUUUUCAGUUACAGAGUGUUUGAAGGCUGAAGAAGUGAACUGUGUGAAGAUGGCUACUCCCAUGAAAUUAAAGGAGCCUUCCAGCUCUCCACUUAAUCAGCCGCAGCCUAAUUUUGAACAGCCAUCCAAGGAAGAGGCAGGAGGAAGCAAACAACCAGAACUCAAAUACAAGCUGCUCUCUGUUACUAAAGAAGAUCAUCAGUUCCUUCAAGAGAUGAAGGUUGAUAGACUUGAGGAAGAAACAGAGAAUCAUGAACAGACAGAAGUGCACAAGGUGUCAUCAGGAGGUCAGAAAGAAAGCAUCUUCCAAAAUGGUGACCUGACUUGUCAGAAGGGUGAAAUGUCUCAAAAUAUCAAUUUAAAAACACCCUUUGAGGACAAACAGACAGAGGUCUCCAGGAAGAGAUGCUGUAAUGUGAGAGACUUCCAAGACGUUGCAGUCUCAGAGAGAACUUCAUCAGAGCAGAGUCCUUAUCAAUGCACCGUGUGCGGGAAGAGCUUUAGCCGCAGCUCAAAUCUUCUCCAGCACCAGCGCAUCCAUACAGCAAAGAAGCCUUACAAGUGCAUAGAGUGCGGAAAGAGUUUCAGCCGCAACUCCGCUCUGACUCAGCACCAGGAGGUGCACCGCGGUGAGCGCACAUUUGAGUGUGCAGACUGUGGUGAUCAUUUUACACGCAGCUCCAGCCUCACUCUCCAUCAGAAAACUCACCUGGGGGAGAAACCUCAUGUGUGCAAACAAUGUGGAAAGCGCUUCCGCAGUGUUCCUGAGCUGGCGUCUCAUCAGGAAUUGCAUACAUGACCUCAGUGUGGUCCCUUGGGCCGCU